AUGCUCGAAAGGGGAAUUGUUCCAGUUUUCCCUUGUGCUUUCGGCCUUCCACAUAAUAGUGGGAAUGGCACUCGUGAUGGUGGUGGUGGUGGUGGUGGCGGUAGCACUUACUGUAUUCGGCUUGAAACGAGUGCUCUACCUGGUUGGGAUGAGAGAUAUUGUGUCUCAAUUGGUGAUGAAAUCGGGGCUGAAUCACGGCAGACAGCAUCACAUACGGCGCAGCAUUCUCAGGAGUUCACUAUUGUGGUAUGCAGAUUGGCUGCAGCACCAGGCUAUUAG